AUGAUGAAUACAUCCAGUGGCUGGGAGGGACAAGAUCCAACUCUUUCUGUGGCACAAGAUGACUUCCAACAAUUUCUGGACAUGGGAAUCAAUGGCCUAGGUGACGGGCUGCAAUUCGACUUCCAAGAUUUCAACCAGCAAGGUGCCCAAAUGAUGAGCCAGGCAGGAGGUGAUGCUAUGGACACUGGGAUUGAGAAUGGUAACUCAGGCAUGGGGCAGGAUACCACGAUGCAGGAACACAUACCCGCGAUGACAGUUGCUUCGAAUCACCCUUUGAUCCACGCCCCGGCUCUCAUUCAUGGACAUGCUUCAAAUGAGAGGUUAUCUGAACUGGACGCCCAAAUCCAGUAUUUGCAACACCAGAGACAUGAGCAACAACAGAGGCAACUGCAAGAGCAGCAGCGAAAUUUCUAUGCCCAGAGCCGAAUGAUUCCCCCAACUCCAAACAGUGUAGAAAUGCAUGGAGGCGGCCCUCAUUAUUAUUCUCAACCAGACCAACAGCAACAAGCGAUGUUCGAAAGAUACCAGAUGCAUGUAAAGGAGCAAGAGAUGGCUUUCACCCCACUAGUAUCGCCAGCUGUGACCCCUCUAGAUCCUCAUUUCAACAUUCCAGAAUACACUGUUCCAGGUGCAUACUUCAGCCCGCUGAGCUCCCCAGCACUUCACGCACAAAAUGAUCAUUCCUCAGUCUAUGACCAGCGACUAUCUGGAACAACAAACUCGCCGAUUGAUACAAGCCAUGAUAGCCACUCCGCUCCGGCAAGCUCUACGAUACUUGCAAGAAAAGCUAGCAAAAAAGUACUGCAGCAAAAUCCAAAGUCUCGUGGUGCUCGUGCCGUUCGCCAGUCGCCUAUCGUCAAACCUAGGAAAAGUAAGAAGAACAGUAUUACAGCACUACCUGCACAAGCUCUGGGCAAUAUUUUAGAGCCAGAACAUGCUCAGUCUACAAGAUCAAAGGCUGAAAGUUCGUCACACUCUGCGGCCAGUACGGAAGAAUCAGAGAACGGAUCGAUAUCUCCCGAGCACCUGUCAGAGAUGGCUCCACCUCCCGUGCCAGCCCCUGGUUCCACAAAGGCGUCACCAUAUAUUCAGGCUCAGAAUUCGAGUAGUAGGGCGAAGCAGUUGGUUCUUGGAUCCCCUGCAACUCCGGCUUCUCUCAUGAGAUUGACACAAUCACCACCGAUUGGUCAACCUGGGAGCACGCAAAAUAUGGAUUUGGAUGACCCGGGCAUGGAUGGUUUUGCCUUGCCAGAAUCUGCGACCUGCAGGCCUGAACUCUCACGACUUGAUACUCAAGAUGACGGACAAGUUACACCUACGAUGAACUCAAUAGGCGUAAAGGCUCCAUCAUUUCCAACCUUGCCAUCUCCAGCAUUCACACGUCCAGGUACUGCAGCAUCAAGUCAAAGUCCACAAAUUGAUGCUCUCAAUGGAUCAAACGGGACUAGUACGACUACUCGCAAGACUCAACAGCUUGCAGCUCGAUCCUCGAAAAAGCGUGCCAGCAGCUCUGUGCUUGUUUCACCAGCUCUGUUACCCAGGAUAUCACCGAGCAUAAAACCUCUCCUGCCUGGAGGGACCAACGGGUCUGGUGAUACUGCCUCCCUACUGCUGGCAGCUUCGAAGUCAAACUACCAGAACAUACUCGAGGGCACACAUCUACCAGGAGUUUCAUACCCCCAAGAACUUUCUACGAAUCUGACUUCGAAGCGCACAUCUCACAAGAUUGCUGAGCAAGGCCGUCGAAAUCGGAUAAACUCAGCAUUACAGGAGAUUGCGACUCUGUUACCCCGCGCUGCCAAGGAUAGUGGAGGAGAGAAAAGUGGAAGCGGAGACGCAGGAGAGACUGCUGAAUCUACCAAUGCAAAAUCUGCAGCCCAAAGCGCAAACAGCAAAGCGAGCACGGUUGAGCAAGCAAUCGAGUAUAUCAAGCAACUCAAGCAGGAUAUUGCUAAUGCGAACAAGAGAGCAGAGGAAGCAGAGCGACAACUCAAAGAAAAAGCCGCGAAACAGGAAGAGGAAGAGGAAAAGGUGUAG